AUGAAACCGUAAUUUUAAUUUGUUUACAAAUAGUGAUUAUCAACAGGUCUGUUUAUAAUAUUUACUGUGCUUCUAUCGAAAUUUUUAAAACUAGUUUUUGUCCAUUAUAUGCAUAUUGUUAUUUAGUGUAAGUUUCGAAUUUUCAUAAUGAAUAACUUUUUCAAAGUUUUUAAAAAAAAAUUAAAUGUUAUUGGAAUGAUUCACUUGGAAGCACUACCAGGAACACCUAAUUAUGCUGGAAAUUUUAACCAUAUAGUAGAGAAAGCAAAACAUGAAGCUCAUGUUUACAAAAAAUUAAAUGUCGAUGGAGUUUUAAUUGAAAAUAUGCACGACAUUCCAUAUUUGCAAGGAGAUAAUGUUGGAUAUGAGAUAAUAGCAUCAAUGACACGUAUUUCAGCAGAUGUUCAACGUAUCGUUUCUCCCAUGCCAUGUGGAAUUCAAAUUUUAGCGUCAGCUAAUAAUCAAGCUAUGGCAGUUGCCAAAGCUUCCAAUUUACAGUUUGUUAGAAUCGAAGGUUUUGUUUUUUCCCAUAUAGCUGAUGAAGGUUGGACUAAUUCAUGUGCUGGAACUUUAUUACGUUAUAGAAAACAAAUAGAUGCGGACAAUGUUUUAAUUUUUGCUGAUAUAAAAAAAAAACAUAGUUCACAUGCAAUUACAGCUGAUAUUAAUUUACUAGAAACAGCGAAAGCAGCAGAGUUUUUCCAAGCCGAUGGAAUAAUAAUUACAGGGAACUCAACGGGUCAUCCAAUUGAAGACAAUGACCUAAAUGAUGUACAACAAAGCGGUCUUCCCAUUUUAAUAGGUUCGGGAUGCACUGAAUAUAAUGUGGAAAAAUAUUACAAUAAAUGUCAAGGCGUUAUUGUGGGUUCUCACUUUAAAAAGAAUAAUUUUUGGAAGGAAGACUUGAAUGAAAAAGCUAUAAAAAUAUUUAUGGAAAAAGUUAUAUAUUUGAAUGAAAAAAAAUAA